CAGCGAGGCUCUCCUCUGUAUCCCCCCCCUCCCUUCCCCUUGGUACAAACACAAGAUGGCGCGAGGAGGAGGUGGGCACCGCUGACUGGCACCGGAACUACCGGGAGACCCCGUGGGGGUAGAGUUGCGCUGCCUCAAAACAGAAGAUGAUGGAAGACAAGGGACCUCGUGUGGCUGACUAUUUCGUAGUUGCGGGACUGACUGAUUCAUCGAAACCACUUGAGGAGGAAAUCCAUUUUAACGAUGCCUGCCACAAAACAGCUAAACCAAAGGAGCCCAUCACAGAUGUGACCGUUGUAAUAAGAUCCUUAGGGGAAGAGGUUCCCCAAGGUUAUGUAUGUAUAGACACUACCCCGACUGGACUGUCUGCCGACCUUAAUAAUGGAAGCCUCCGAGGACCGCAGAUAUACUUGUGUUACAGGAGAGGAAGAGAUAAACCUCCCCUCACAGAUUUAGGGGUUUUGUAUGAGUGGAAAGAACGGUUAAAACAAGGUUGCCAGAUCAUCCAAGCAACUCCGUGUGGACGGCCUGCCAACAUAAGUGGAAGCACAUCAUCUCAAAAAGCCUAUAUCACUUACCGGAGAGCUUCAGAGAACAUGACACAGAACUCGCUGGCUGUCACUGAUAUCUGCAUAAUUAUACCGAGCAAAGGAGAGACACCGCCACAUACUUUCUGCAAGGUGGAGAAGAAUCUCAACAGCAGCAUGUGGGGCUCUGCUGUGUACCUCUGUUACAAGAAAUCCGUUGCAAAAACCAAUGCAGUCUCCUACAAAGCAGGCUUAAUAUGCAGGUAUCCUCAAGAGGAUUACGAAUCAUUCCCCUUGCCAGAGUCAGUACCCCUCUUCUGUCUGCCCAUGGGGGCAACCAUUGAAUGCUGGCCACGUAAAAGUAACUACCCACUCCCAGUCUUUUCUACCUUUGUUUUAACUGGAGCAUCAGCUGAAAAGGUGUAUGGAGCUGCUAUUCAGUUCUACGAGCCAUAUGCCCACGAUCAGCUGACUGACAAACAAAAACUUCAUUUGGGAUUGAAAGCCAAUUCAGAUGGAAAGAUGGAUCCCUCAAAAUCCAUCCACGCAAACAAGUGCAUCUGUCUCCUUUCUCACUGGCCUUUCUUCGACGCAUUCAAGAAAUUUCUUACUUUCCUUUACCGUUAUUCUAUAUCUGGACCACAUGUUCUGCCAAUAGAGAAACACAUCUCCCACUUCAUGCACAAAGUUCCAUUCCCUUCUCCCCAGAGGCCACGCAUUUUAGUUCAGCUGUCGCCUCACGAUACCCUCAUCCUGAGCCAGCCCGUGUCCUCGCCACUGCCUCUCAGCGGAGGUAAAUUCUCGACGCUGCUGCAGAAUUUGGGCCCUGAGAACGCCGUCACCCUGCUGGUGUUUGCAGUCACCGAGCACAAGAUUCUCAUCCACUCCUUACGCCCGUCCGUUCUCACAAGCGUAACGGAAGCUUUGGUCUCGAUGAUCUUCCCUUUCCAUUGGCCGUGCCCGUACAUUCCCCUUUGCCCUCUGGCCCUGGCAGACGUGCUGAGUGCCCCAUGCCCCUUCAUUGUUGGGAUUGAUUCACGCUACUUUGAUCUGUACGAUCCCCCUCCGGAUGUAAGCUGUGUUGACCUAGAUACUAACACCAUUUCUCAUACUGAGUGCCGGAGGAACGUAACAUGGAAAAUCCUGCCUAAAAAGGCCUGCAAAAACCUGCUGAACACACUGAGUAACUUGUAUCAACGCCUCGCCGAGUCGCAACAAAGACCAAGAGACGAAGCUCUGAUGGAGCUGGCUAUGAAUGACUAUGACUUUAACUACGGGAAGAAGCUCCAUCAGCUGGAUAUGGAGAUACAGGAAGCCUUUCUGUGUUUUAUGGCCUCCAUAUUAAAAGGAUACAGAACAUAUCUACGACCAAUCACUCAGGCUCCUUCAGAGACAGCCACAGAUGCCAGCUCGCUCUUUGAGUUGCAAGGAUUCUUAAAAAGCCGCGACCGUUCAAAUCACAAGUUCUACAAUAUGAUGACCAAGACUCAAAUGUUCAUCCGGUUCAUCGAGGAGUGUUCAUUUGUCAGCGAUAAGGAUGCCAGUCUGGCCUUUUUUGACGACUGUGUUGAGAAACUGUUCUCAGAACGGAAUUGUACAGACAAAAGUAUCAAGGUAGACUUGGAAAGGCCAGGAGAGAUGCGCCUCAUUGAACUGGAUGAGUCCCACAGAAGUGAACACACCGUUUUUAUCACACCGCCCGAGAUCCCUCAUUUACCAAACGGAGAGGAACACCCCCUGAAGUACAGCUACAACGGGUUCCCUGUCCUUAUCUUGGAUCUGUUUGACACUCUGGAUGGACUCUUGAAAACACAGAAACUAUGCUCUAAGAACAUUGCUCCCUCCAGCCCAUCACCAAUGUUCAGAAGGACCAAACAGGAAAUCCGUUCUGCCCAUAAAAUAGCCAAGCAGUACUCGUCCAUUCCACAGAUGUGGUCCAGAUGUCUGUUAAGGCACUGCUAUGGCCUCUGGUUUAUCUGCCUCCCUGCGUACGUGAAAGUGUGCCAUUCGAAAGUGCGAGCUCUGCGGGCCGCAUACGAUGUGCUGCGCAAGAUGCACGUCAAGAAAAUCGACUCUCCCGACGAGGUUUGCUAUCGGGUCCUGAUGCAGCUAUGUGGCCAGUAUGGGCAGCCUGUUCUUGCCGUGAAAGUGCUGUUUGAAAUGAAGAAGGCUGGUGUACAGCCCAAUGCUAUCACUUAUGGGUAUUAUAACAAGGCUGUCCUGGAAAGCGUGUGGCCCUCGGGGAAUCGAGGGGGCUACUUCUUGUGGAUAAAGGUCAGGAAUGUCCUGCUAGGAGUAGCCCAGUUCAAAAGAGCUUUGAAGAAGCAACAAGCCUCUGUUCCACUAGCUACUCCCUCGGAUGGCAGCGACUUGGAUGCGGUCAGUCAUGGCAGUAUGGAUAGCUCCAUUGAUAUGAACCCCACGGAGCAGGCACCCUUCAACACAGAUGUAACCAGCACCGACUUCCCCGAUGACAGAUCCAGUACAGGUGGGCAGUCUGAUCUUGGCUACAGCUCCUUGUCUAAAGAAGAGGUGAGGAGAGGAACCGAAAGUGACAUACAGGAGGAAAAGGAAGACUCUAGGGAGAGCGACUCCAGCUCAUUAUCUGGAUCAGAGAGUUCUAAGGGCAGCAGGGACUGUCUCCCCCAGCUUGCCAGUCACAACCGAAAGACUGACGAGUCCUCAUCUAGUAUAGUGCGGAAAGAAGGCAGAGCCAGUAGCUUAUCUAACACGGUCACUGACGAAAGUUCCGCUGGUCUCCUGUUUGCGUCAGCCUUUGGUGACGCCAAUGAAAAUGAGCUGUUCCAAAGCUGGAGUUUACGAAAGAGACACAAGAGUGCCAUGGAACCAGGUUUAAAAGAUCCAUUGGGGUGGGAGAACAGGAACAGACACUACAGCGGGGGAACGCUUUCAGGAUUAAUGAUCAAUGGCUCUGUUCAGGAAUCAAACACUAAAGACAUGGUGGAGAAACUUGGGGCUGAUGCAAAAAUCAUCAGUGGGGUUUUCCAAAAAGGUAUCGCACGACCCAAGACCCUAGAUAUCAGAAAGAUCACCAGUGGGAUGCCUGGUUCUGGAGAGGAGAAGGAUUGGAGUGAUGAUGACUCUCCUUCAGGGGGUCUGGGUUUUCCAGAUAAAGCAGACUCCCCUGUGAUUUUUGACCUUGAAGAUCUAGACAAUGAUGUUGAUGAAAUAAAAACGGCUAAAAAUAACAGCCUAAAGGAAAAAGUAAGGGAAAGGACAAUCAGUACAUGCUCUUCUUCCUCUAUGUUUUCGGCUAAGUAUGUAGAAAAAACAGAUGUGAAGGCUGGCUUUGACCCUUUGUCACUCCUGGCAGCAGAGAACGAACAAGUAGAAAAAGAAGACGAAGAGGAGGAGGAGGAAGAUAGAAGCUUACUAACACCAUCCGCUAGACGAGACCUUGCUGAAGAAAUAGAAAUGUACAUGAACAACAUGAGCAGCCCUUUGAGCAGCCGAGCUCCAAGCAUGGAGCUACAAAGGACCACUUCUGACCAAUACAAAAGUUCAAAAGCUAUACCCCUUUGCAGGCGACCCAGCCUUCCACUAAGCUCCCCACAAGCCCCUAGGCUAACAAAAUCAAAGACUUACCACGUGAAACGUGAAGAGAGACAACGAGGCAGACUAUGGUCCUCCCCUGCCUUCCCUACAAGCAGUCCACAAAAGGAGCAGCUCACCGAGUCUGCACUCGCCCUGAUGUCCCCAACGGCUUUUAACUUGGAUACUCUCCUCACCCCUAAAUUUGAUGUGCUGAAGAGCAGCAUGUUCUCUGCUGGCAAAGGUGUGGCUGAAAAGGCCAGUAAAUGGUAUUCCAAGAUUGCAAACUAUGCUGGGCCCGUAAAGGAGCAGAAUCCUGACCAGGCAAGCCUGUCCUCUGGUGGAGCUGUGGAUGUUGAUUGCGGUUCUUUAAAUGAGGAAGACUUUGAAGGCAUUGCCUCCCCACGUGAGUGUGAUCUCACCAACCCUGGCUCAAACACAAUGGGGAUGAGCAGAAGUAGCCUGGAGAGUAACACUCAAGAGGGCACCUCCAGGAUUCUCUGCCACACUGCUUCUCCUCAAAGAGUAUCUCUGAACUACAAGCCUGAGCUUCUUUCAUCUAGCAAUUCCAGUGGUACCAAUGUCUUCCAGAACUAUGCUAUGGAGGUACUAAUCUCCAGCUGUUCGCGGUGUUUGUCAUGUGACUGCCUUGUACACGACGAAGAGAUUAUGGCAGGCUGGACAGCAGAUGACUCCAACCUCAACACUAUCUGUCCUUUCUGUGGAAGUCCCUUUUUACCAUUCCUGAACAUUGAAAUCCGAGACAUGCGUCGUCCUGGAAGGUACUUCCUAAAAGCCAGUCCAUCUGCAGAGAGCAUGCAUCACCCGUCAGUAUCCUCUUAUAAAAGACCCGAGUCUGCCAUUCUGACUCCAACUUUUUCUCAAGUUGCAUCCAAAACAGAGGAUAUUAACAUCUGCAGUAAGACCAAGCGAGAUGGUUCCCGUGCCCACAUCAUAGACAUCCCACUGGGCAAGAGGACAACAGAUCCCACAGAAUCAUCAUGUCCAAGUCUCCCUAUCACCAGGAGCAUCAGUACGUUAAGCCCAAUGGACGAGAAGCUGUCUCACAAGCAAAGCCAUGUUGUCUCAACUGGAAGCCUCCCAACUAACUUUCAAGCAGCCUCGGACUCUUUGGCUAUGGAAUGGAGGCUGUCACAACCUGAGCCUAUCACAGUCCCUUACCUCAGCCCGCUUGUGGUCUGGAAGGAACUGGAGAGUUUAUUAGAGAACGAAGGUGAUCCAUCCAUCACGGUCCCUGGCUUUGUAGACCAUCAUCCCAUUGUGUUCUGGAAUCUGGUGUGGUACUUCAGAAGACUGGAUCUUCCAAGCAACCUCCCAGGAUUAAUCUUGUCUUCAGAACAUUGCAACAAAAAUUCAAAGAUCCCUCGGAGCUGUAUGUCUGAAGACAGUAAACAUGUCCUGAUCCAAGUCUUGUGGGACAAUCUGAAACUGCACCAGGACCCACGCCAGCCUCUGUACAUCUUGUGGAAUACCAGAAACCGAAACUGCACUGUUGUAUUUGAGACCACGGAGCAUCCUCUCGCUAUUACACAGCAAAAUAAAGAGGAAGAGUCGUAUACCCAGGAAUUCCUCCAAGGCUUAGUAAAGAGCAUUAAGAACAACAAUGUCUACGGCCCCAUGAGCCAAUUGCUGGAGUCCACACAACAGUUCCCAAACCACACACGGCAGAGGAGUUUGUACAGAGAGAUUCUGUUCCUUUCUCUUGUUGCUUUGGGAAGAGAGAACAUUGAUAUUGAUGUGUUUGACCGGGAGUAUAAAAGUGCUUACGAUCGCCUCACCCCCGACCAGGUGAAGUGUACUCAGAUCUGUGACCGGCCCCCAAGCACCGGCGUCAUCGAAUGCAGAAAAAUGUUUGGCCAGCCUUUUCUCUAAACCAUAAAGCGCGGCAGCGGUCUGCUACCAUUUCAGUUUUAAAAUGAAAAUGGAGAGAACGGGUUUUGAGGCAAACCUGUCUUAAUACAGAAUGCGGAACAAGCAAUAGGAAAGAUUUAGUUCCUGUGAUUUCUGGAAACUGGAGAAACGGGAUAUGCUUGGAAGAAAAAAACAAUAAGUGAAUGAAGAAAGAGAUCUUUACAUUUUCUUUCGUCCUGGACUUUCUAGCUUUGGACUAUAAUGUAAAGGUGGAGGAGCGUUCUUCGUCAUUCCAAGUGUUGUAGUUUACACAGAAUAUUUAUAUUUAAUGUUAUAAAAGAUUGGUGUAUAAAGAAGUUUAAAUAAGCCUA